AUGGAGGAGCUUUUGUGGUGGUCCAUGCGCGGCGACCCUACCGUGGCCCAGCAGAGUGCGGCUGCAUAUUUGUACGACCGGGGGUCUUGUGUAUUGACGAAGAUGGUGGCGACUGGCAUGGGGUUGUUGGCGAAGAAUGGCAAUUCUCUCGACCCUAGGGGCACGGGAUACGUGCUGACGAUGUUCUACGUGGACGACAAGGCGGCAGCAGAGUCCAUGAAGACGAUUGUGCAGAGCAUGGAAGGCGCGAAGGGGGCACUGCGGUACUGGCACAGGGUUGAUCUCUAUCAGUUCUUUUCGAACAAAUCCGGGUCGGUCCUUGUCGUGUUCGGCUGUUCUUAUGGACGUCUCUUGCCUCUGUGCGAGCAUAUUGUCAACAGUGACGGGAAGUCACUUAUUCGGAAUGGCCAGGCUACGAUGCGGUUUGGCAUGCAGGAGCAGGUGUGGAAGGAUUGUAUGGAGAGACUGGGAGGCUCGUGGGAAGACUUAUGA